UCAGUUAGAAAAUUUGUUGAAUCAUUUUCCCUCGCAACAAACACACCCUCUCCCUCUGCAUUGCCACUAUAUAAUCCCUUUCAUCAACCUCUCUCUCUUCCAAGUUCUAACCGUUUUUCUCUUUCUACAAUUCUCUCUCUCUGGAGAACUUCAACUCACCUUGUGAAGUUGAAGCUUCUCUUCGUUUCUCAUCCUUUCUUCAACGAUCGAGUUUCUUCUUAGCAUUUCUUCACCGAUCAAAAUGUAUAACAAGGAGGUCUGUUCUCCCUUAUCUCAAAGCAGAUUCGGCGUCGGCAUCAACACCGCCGGCCACAUGCAGUUGGACGCCGGCGCGUUCGCUUCGUUGUACUCCGCUCUGACUAACAGUAGUGAGAAUCUUCCGUCACUCUCCGGGAACUACAACAACGGCGGCGGCGUUUCACUUUAUCCGUACUCUGACUCUGAAACUGAGUACGACUCGUUCGUGAUACAGAAGCAUCAGGAUAUGGUGAAUCGUCACAGUAUGUGUCUCAGUCGCCUCAUGGAAGCUUCCAAUGAGGUUAAAGCUCUGCAGCAAGAGAACGAAGAGCUCCGUGCCUUGAGCAAAGAGUUGCAGAAGAAUCUGAACCUCCUAGUUCAGGCUUCUUUGGAGAACCGAUUUGGCCGUGGCGGAUCCUCCGUUCCGACACUAUCAAUUCCGUUUGAUGUAUUGCACAGUGCCCGUGGCUUGAAUCUUGGAGAUGGAAAAGAAAACUGUGCUGGUUACAAUAAUAAUAACAUCAAUAAUAAUAAUAAAGAGCUGCAGGAAGAUUCGGAUGAGAGUUCAGAGAGUGUGAUAGACGAUAACGAUGUUGAUGAUGAAGCGGAACGGUUCUCGCUGCCGAAGAGCAUAUCUGUGAGAUCCAAGGGCUACGUGAAGAUGGCUCAGCCUCCAGCCGUCGUAACUAACAAUAAUGCUUGUCGUAGCACCAAGGGCGCUACCCGCUCUCGUGCGUCUUCUACUCAACCAGAUCAAGCUCAAAAGGUAUAUGUGCAAGGAGGGCAGAAAGAGGAAGAACCUCUUGAGAUGACUGUGUAUAAUCAGGGGAUGUUAAAGACUGAGCUGUGUAACAAAUGGCAGGAAACAGGCACAUGCCCUUAUACUGACCAUUGUCAAUUCGCUCAUGGUAUUGAGGAGCUUCGCCCGGUGAUCCGCCACCCACGCUACAAAACUGAGGUCUGUAGGAUGGUUUUUGCUGGGGUUGUCUGCCCGUAUGGACAUAGAUGCCAUUUCCGUCAUGCACUUACUGAGGAAGAGAAAGCUAUCUCACAAUCUAUGCCCAAAUCAGUGAAGCUGGAAAGAUAAAUAGUCUUAUGGAGUUGUUUGACUCAAAACACAUACGACAGUAUAUAGUAAUAUUCUUGAUUGUUCAAAUUGAAGUCUAGAGCAUGAUUCUUGUGGAGAAUGUGGUCAUUCAUCGGGUCUUUCUUUUUUCUCCCCCAUAUGUUUGGCAUUUCGAUUUAGUUUUUGAACUCUGCAUACAUACGUCUAUAUUGGUCCUAAUACAGCGAACUUAAGGGAAAGUACUUUUUGAAAUAAUACUCUUUUUUGGUUGUUUUGUAUAAAUACAUCAUUCGAUAGUUUGCAAAUUAAGCAAUUUCUGCUUGUGCUU